AUGCUGGCGGUGAGCAAGUCCAUAAACUACGUUGUGAGUGCAGACACGAAACGCCAGCAGAAGGCUGUGCGCCUGAAGGGGAAGGGUGCGGGGACCACAGCGGCGGCGCCAUGCCUCCUCUACAGACUCGUCUUUAACGAUGCAGUAGUGACUGGGUGUUUUGUUGCCUUUGUGGUGCUGUUCGCGUUCUUCCGGCUUGUUUGUUUGCCUUUCCUGGCGAGGGCAACCCUUUUACUUGGACCAAAAUAUCGCACGUUUACGCUGAGCCACUGGAUAAUGGUGCUUUUUCUUCAUGUUGUCUUGCAGGGACUGCAUGUUUACUGGUUUGCGCUCAUCGUGAAGCUGGCGAUACAUAUUUUCACUGGAGGUCCAUGUGCUGACAUCCGCUCCGAUAAUGACACGGAGGAGGAUGACGAUAUAUAUAGCAGCGCAGGAAAUGCUGUGACAUUAAAAAAUGUGAAUGAGGCAGGAUGA